UAAGGGUUUGGGCGACUGUUUAUUCUUGCUUAUUUUUCGUUUAGCUCAUGUUUAGAUCUUACUUAAAGUCUAAUUUUAGGUUCAACUUUACUAAAGAAAUUAUAAAAGAGAAGAAUACAGGAAGAACUACCAGAAUUUACAAGGUUUAACACUCUGCUCCGGGUACAGAUCUAACCACUGGGGUUUGUUUUCCUUUGCAAUUACUCCGUAACGGAAUUAUUUUGAUUAUACUCACGAAACUACUCCCGUUCUCAUUUCACACAUCACUUCCAACCCUGAUACUUGAACCCGAACCUUACUCCGGGUCUACAUAGAGUAAUGGGUACAAAUGAGAGUAGGUUAGGAUUGAAUAGCACAUGCAUGGAUUCAGACAUUCGUCCAAAUUGCUACCAUUCACAUUCUUUACAGCUCAUUUUUCAGAAACAGUUGCUCGAAAUUAUAAUUCAAUACUUACACAUUAACCAUAAUGGUUUAUGUAAUAUUUACACAUUCUUUUAAGGGAACGUAAACGCUAUUUAUAGUGACGCUCCGUGGCUCCAUGCAAAGAUUAAAAUGCCCGAUUUACAACGGUACCAUCAGAACCUUAAUCUGGAUGAGUUUCAUCCGUUUAUAGAAGCUCUUCUUCCUCACGUGAAAACAUUUGCAUACACCUGGUUCAACCUCCAGGCUGCUAAGAGGAAGUACUUCAAGAAGCAUGAGAAGAGGAUGUCCUUGGAGGAGGAGAGAAGGUGCAAGGAGGAGCUAAUGAACGAGAAGCUUGAGAUUAAGCAGAAAUGGGCGAGUAGAUUACUGGGAAAACUACGGAAAGAUAUUGCUCAGGAGUGCAGGGAAGAUUUUGUUCUCUCCAUAACAGGAAAGAAACCAGCAAUGUGUGUUCUAUCCAACCCGGAUCAGAAAGGGAAAAUGAGAAGGAUAGACUGUCUCCGGCAGGCGGAUAAGGUUUGGCGACUGGACUUGGUUCAAGUGAUCCUGUUUAAGGCAGUACCCCUGGAGAGUACGGAUGGAGAAAGGUUGGAGAAAUCUCCGGAUUGUCUCCAUCCGUCCCUGUGUGUCAACCCGUACCAUAUAAACGUCUCCGUCAGAGAACUGGAUCUAUUUCUUGCUAACUUUGUCAAUACUCACGGUCGUCUUUGUGAAGCUGAGCAAGAAGAGGAUUCAGCCCUCAACCUGAAAGGAGGUUAUCCUCCACACAACCCAUACAACGGUGUACUUUGCAACGAUACUAUUACAGCCACUGGAGUUUUCUCUCCUCAGGAAUUAUGGAGAUAUUCUAAAGGAAAAGGUUCCGAGCUUUCAAGUUCUCCAGGGGGUAUAAAGAUGGAGUCCCCGUACUACUCCUCAUAUACCCCUCCACACGGGGAGUCCUCCCUCAAUCAAUCUAACAACUAUAAUGGAACCUUAACUCUUUCUGGUCGGAGCCAGAGUCCUAACUGUGUAUCCGUUAUCCUUCCUGAAUCCCAGUUUAGAGUGAAGAGAAUGAGAAGAAUGAGUUCAGAAACUGAGGAGGUCGGAGAAUGCAAGGAGCAGGAUAUUUAUUACACUGCCCAGUCCCCAACCAACUGGUCACAAUCAGAACUAGAUCAUGCCGCAAGUAUAGGGGAUUGUGUAAAGAUACGUGUGGAGGCUGACCCUUAUAUUCAAAACAGGAAAGGUCUUCAGACCACAACCUCUCUUGGUACGACCUACUACACCGCCCAAGAGGUUUCCACCCUGUCUUCUCCGAAGUAUGAAAAAUACGAAAACGGACAGGACAAUUUCUCCGAGUUUGUGACGCUGGUUUGUCAGAGUCAGGACGGAAGUCCUCUGAGUAGUUCUGGGAGUAGGUCUCCUACUAAAGUAGUGAGCUACUACACUACGUCAGGGAUGUAUCCUCCUGCACCUGCUGCUCCAAUGGCUAGACCUGUUCCUUUAAAGCUUCCAGAGCAUGGAAGUCCCUCCGAAGUAAGUAUGCAGAUCUCAUCGGAGGACCCUGAUUCUCCCCAGGGUGGACUCCGAGAGGUUUGUCUCUCGUCAUCUGAUGACUCCCUUCCUCGUACAGUUCUCUACACAUACACAACAUCAGGAGGUACUAUUACAAUCCCGGAGAACCUCUCUCCCACCAACCUCUCCAUGGUCCAGCCUCAACGAAUAUCCUCCAACCGUCCUCUCCAGCAAUCUAUCUCUAGAAAUCCAAACAUAUUCCUUUCCGACGUGGAGUCAAGCGCUAUGGCAUAUGAUCUGAUGACUCCUAUGCUGUCAGGAUCUUCUGUGGAUUCUUCCAAUGGACAUACUUUACAUUUAUCCGAUGAUCGAUAUUUUUCAAGUCAGCUUGAACCUAUGGAUGCUACGGUUGGGAGUAUGCACAGUAAUCCAGGAUCUCCAAACCAAAAAUAAUAAAAAAAAUUUUAGACUGCAGUGAUCAAAAUUUUCCAAUUAGAUAAUUACAAUUAGAGUUUGUAUUAAUCCGGCGAUAAAAUAGUGAGCGGAUCAAAUAUUUUUGUAAAAAAAAUUAUUUUAAACUUUUUUCCUGUUUUGAAUCUUAAUAAUGCUUUUUUUCAAAAGUAUAUGACAGUUUCCAAAGCAACAAGUAUCUCAAUCCAAAAUUCUAAAAAGUAAAAUUAUGAUUUUUAUUGAUUUUUUUAAAACAAUUAGUUGAAUUGGCAUUGGAAUUUUAACAGAAACAAAAGUUCAAAUGUAUGCAAACUUAAAGUUUUCAUUA